CAAAACAUCAUCAUAAACAAACAACAAUCACGCACAAGCAGAAACCGCUAAUAUUGUUAUCGUCGUUAUCGUGUUUUAUCGUAUUUUCUGUGUAUUUAUCAAUUUUAUCGUUGUUUUUGGUGUAUAAAUAUACAACGGUACCUCAACGCAUCGAUCAUGCAAAUGUUAAUUAGUGACGAUAAACGAUCCACCGUCGCCUCAGGCGUGAUUCGUCAGUGUUAGUAUCUGGAUUGGACUCCGGCUGCCGCCCCAUCCACCGUCUGCUGGUUGACCGAAAACGUUGGUGCAACUACUGUACUUUGAUUAUCUUAUCGUUAUCUCUUAUUUACGAAUCUCAAAACGAAUCACAGUUAGUUCGUUACAUUUUAUCUGGUAUUAGCUUUUAGUCUGUGAGUGGAACUCGUAGUGGUAAUCCGCCAGAACAUGGUUUCCAUUAAUCCGUUUUAUGCCACUGGCAAAACCAGACGCAGAGUUUAUAUUUCGUUGGGCUUACUGGGGGCGAUGUUGUAUAUUCUGUACUCCAUCGAUAGCCAACGUCAACAAGCGAAUUGCUUCGCCAAAGACUUUCCGGAUCCAUUCCGGGUGUUGGAGGACGUCCAAAAAUCGCACAAACAGCCUAAACACGGGAGGAAUAUAUUUUUCCAUGAAACAUCCUGCUCUGCGGAUGGGGUGAUCAGGCUUAACGCUCGUCAAGCAUGUGCUAUCGAGUCGGCAGCACGAAUGAACCCGGACUGGAAUGCGUUCGUUCUGUUUGCAUCCCCAGUAGGAUUCCGCAACAAGAGUGCACUUCCACUCCUGGAUGCUCUCCACGCCUACACAAACAUCAAUUUUCGGUUCGUGAAUCUCUCAACCUAUGCCCACGAUACCCCACUAGAAGAGUGGAUGCGAAGUGGGGAAAUUUUCCGAUCGAAGUACAUGAAUUCUCAUUUGUCGGAUAUAAUGCGAUAUCUCACGCUAUAUAAAUACGGAGGAACUUAUCUGGAUCUGGAUGUGGUGGUGCUGAAAUCAUUCGACGUCAUGGAACCGAACUAUGCCGGGGCAGAAUCGGCACGCUGGGUGGCAGCCGGAGUCAUCAACUUCGAGCCAGAUGGGCAGGGGCACGAACUAGCGGAAAUGUGCAUCAGAGAUCUGCUGUUAAAUUUCAACGGCCAGGACUGGGGCAACAAUGGUCCCGGCGUCAUCACCAGGGUGCUGAAACGCGUCUGCAGCACCCAGGCGCCGCUCAUGAUGACCCGCGAGCGAUGCCGCCACUUCACCGUCUAUCCACCGGAAGCCUUCUACGCCAUCAACUUCGACGAUUAUCUGCAGUUCUUCGAGGAACGCUGGCUGGAGCAAGCGCUGACCACCGUGAACCGUUCGAUCGUGGUGCACGUGUGGAACAAGUUCAGCAAGGACCACAAGGUGAGAGUGGGAUCACCGGUCGCGUACGGCGUUCUGGCUGAGCAGUUCUGCCCGCGGGUCUACAAAGCUAGCGGUGAGUUUUUCUAGUUGUUAUCGACGAGUUGGUGGGCGGUGGGUUUGCCACUGAAUAACGUAGCAGCGGGGUAUUUCCGUGAUUGUGAUUGGUGUAUCGUUUUGUGGCGGCAGUAUGUUCAUAAGCGGAAGGUUCUAAACAAGUAUGAUUCCUAAUGUAAACACAAAGUUGAGAGCUGUAUUUUAUAAGAAAAAGUUGGUGCAUCAAUUCGAAUAAUACUUUGUUAGAGUACUGAUAGUUAUUAGAUUAUUCAUGAAUAAGAACAAUAAACAAUUAACUGCGAAUCUAUUAGACUGUUGAAACCUGUAAACGUUUUCGUUACAAGCAGCUAUAUUCUCUUUCGAAUUUUUAUCAAUCAAUUUUAGUUAAUGGAAGCUUGAUAAUAAAAACCUAUGCGAUAUUAUUAUUCCUUAUGCUUGCUAAUUAUAUUUAAAACAUUUGUAUAUCUAAAAGAUGUAUCGAAAAAAAAUCUAUUGUUGCACUAUAUGUUUGUUCAAUAAGGCCAAAUUAUUGAGAUAUUACGUAAAUCAGUAAAUUUAAAUGUUUUGUAAAUCUAAGCCUGCUCUACUGACUUAAGAUUAGAAACAAACUAGUAUUCUACACAUCAUUCCAUUUUUCAAACCUCAUUUAUUUCUAGCAUACGAAUUACUUCGCCGAAUGUUAACCUGUAAAAUUCUUUUUAAGAAUACGAUUUAGAUUCAUUAAACAGAUAACACUGAA